AUGGCGUCGAGAAGCUCCACUCGCGCAUCCCUCCUCCCUUUCACCAUCUUCAUGGUAUUCCUCGGCCUAGUCUCCCUCGCUUCAUCAGCUUCCGCCUCAGCAGCACCAGUCGCACCUUCACCAUCAGCCGAUGUCGAACUCAUCUGCCACACAGACAACGCGGCAGAAUGUUACCCUAAAAUCUUCCAACCAACAGAGGAGUUUCAAACAGUUCACGAUGACCAAGAACUACCACACGGGCUUCAUGUACGCAUGAACAUCAACACGGGCCAAAAGGAAGCCAAGAUCAACGACCCUAGUGAGAAGAACCCGGCCCUGGAGGGCCUCCCUGCAGACCGCUCAAUCGUGGUCGUGGACUCGGACAAGGCCCCCGAGGCCGAGAUCCCUAAAGACGCGCCCAAGUAUGAACCCGUCGGCAUAGUCAAGCAGCCGCAACAGGAGUCGGGCGAGUUCUACACCAACCUCGAAUUCGUCAAGAAGGGCGCGCACGGGAGCGACCUCCCCAUCGACGAAGUUCUUGAGUUCCUCGAGGACAUCUCGCAUGACAUCUACUACGGCCUGAAGAUCACCGAGACCUUUGACACUGUCAAGUCCCUCUUGUGCUUGAUGGUUGAUCCCAAGACGCCGGCCCCGUCCGAGGGCGCCGUGCCCCGUGACCAGCAGGCCGCCGCCAUCAUCUCCGGUGCGCUGCAGAACAACCCUACCGCCCUCGAGGAGGUGACCAAGGUCUGGCCUCAGCUGAUGGACGCCACAUGCCGCUCGCCCCACAAGGCGCCCGAGCUCAAGCUCCGCGACGGGUUCUACGCCUCUUUCGUGCCGGCGCCGGAGGACAGUAACCACGACGUUGCCCACGCGGCGAACAAGGCCAAGGCCCAGGUCGCCGCGAUCAAGGGCCUGAUCAAGAGCCCGACGAUCCGGGAUGACUUCAUCGCCAACAAGGGCAUGGACCGCAUCCUCGAGGUCCUCGGCCCUCAGGACGCCCGAUGGGAGACCGCACAACGCAAGGCCGGGCAGUUUGUGCUGGACAAUUUCCUCGACGAGAACAUGGGCGCCGAGCUGGGUGUGUGGCCCCUCUUCAAGGCGUCCGAGACCGACAGGUCCAAGAGGGUCGCCGACCGCGUGAGCGACGAGAACUGGAAGGUCGCUGUGAAGAGCAUCAUGGAGAAGAACAAGGGAGACAAGACCCACUGGAGCCGAGACCUAUACGACCGGCUGGAGGCGCACGAGAAGGCGCAGUUGAAGGUGCUUGGGAAGGAAGAACUGUGA